GCGCACAAAAAAAAAAAAAGCGGCGGGGCCAACAAUUUGUGAGCGCUCCUUUAAAACGCAGGUUUGUGUUUUGGAGUGUAAUCCCAGUGAAGAGGCCUCCUGGCUCAUCUUUGUGUUAGCUGAUCCAUCCACACACACGUAAACACGCACACACGUGCACGCUGUUCCACCCCCCUCCAUCCUUUUGUUUCCACAGGUUCAACAGCGGCUGCUGCAGACGGCACGGAUGCAGACUCUCUCUGCUCUCGGCUUCAACCUAAUGGCUCUGACCCACUGCCGGCUCCUCCACCGGACCUGACCCCCUUCAGACGUCUGAGGGGGCACUUCAGUGAGAAAAAAGCUUGCGGGUCUGGUUGGGAUUGGUGCCUCCGGAUGCUGUUCUGUGACGGGAUACGGCGGCAGCCUCCAAUAUCAGGUUCUGUCAGUCUAAUCUAGAAAGGAAACACCAAAACUGCAGAGUGACACAGAGCGGAGCGGCGCCACAGCGGUCCGGAUCAGAGCCACGGGCCUUCCUUCAAGACCCCCGCCGUGGAUGUUCAGCCCCUCAAUAAUGCAUUACGGGGAGAAAGUUCCUUUGAAGCCGUGAACAUUUGUCUGGAAGGCGUGAACCGCAGACAGAGCGACGGGAAACUGCGAGCAGAUGCUGAGAAGAAGAAAAAGACGUGAUGACCGCUGACGCCACCAGUCUGUAGGACACUAACGGAUCCACAGAAAAAAUCAACAAGAAGCUUGAGGUAGAACGUUUCAGGAGAACAUCCCUCAUCAUGGUGAACACGGGUAUGCAACUGAUCAGCUUCACCUGCGCUGUGACCGGAUGGAUCAUGGCGAUCGCCGUCACGGCGCUGCCCCAGUGGAAGGUGUCGGCCUUCAUCGGCAACAACAUCCUGACCUCAGAGAUCAAGUGGGAGGGCAUCUGGAUGAACUGCAUCUACCAGACGACGGGCCACAUGCAGUGCAAAACCUACGACUCCAUGCUGGCGCUGCCGCCGGACAUCCAGGCGGCGCGCGCCCUCAUGUGCCUCGCCAUCUUUAUGGGCUGGCUGUCCUGCACGGUGUCCUGCUGCGGCAUGAAGUGCACAACCUGCGCCGGCGAUGACCGCCGUGCCAAGGCAGGCAUCGCGCUGGCGGGCGGCAUCCUCUUCAUCCUCACGGGCCUCUGCGUUCUGAUCCCCGUGUCCUGGACCGCCAACACGGUGGUGCGGGAUUUCUACAACCCCAACGUCCCCAUCAUGCACAAGCGGGAGCUGGGACAGGCCAUCUACCUGGGCUGGGCCGCCGCCGUCAUCCUGAUGAUCAGCGGCGCCGUGCUGAGCAGCACCUGCCCGCUUAUGGAGCGUGGCGGCCGGUACCGCAGGGGGUACAUCGGAAGGAGCUUCGCCAACUCCCCCGCCACCGCUCCCGAUCCUCCCAAACCCAUCACCUCCAGCAGCCUGCCUAUGAGGGAGUAUGUGUAGCUGGACAAUCUCGCCAGGUGUGACUUCCAGCCUGGAGCGCCGCUGCGCUGUGAUUGGCUGCAACAGUCCUCUCUGACAUGUGUGGUGUUGCGACUGCAGUGAAUCCGACUGUAUUCAGUAGACAAUAAAGACGGUUUGAUGAAGUGUCUUCAGAAAAACGUCGUCUUCCUCUCUGUGUGUCUGCAUCCUUGACUUCUCCUCAGAAGGUUCUGGUUCCAGUUCUGCUCCUCCGCCUUCACUGCAGCUCCAGGAAAAAGGACACUCUGCAAAGGGUUUCUGCAAGAGAGAAGAGUCGCACAUCUUAGAGUCGGCGGAGCUCGCGUUUCAUGCUGCACUGAGUUAGCCUCACCUGUAACUCGCUGCUCGCCGUCAGGACACGCCAGGGACUUCCACCUUCCGGGAACGGACUCCAGCAGAGCGAGGUCGUCGGGUCUGACCGCUACCAUUUGAAGCAGAACUUUCCUCUGCAGGAAUCUGAACAUGAGCUCAGGAGCGGGAAAAGACAAGAAAUAAAGGGGAAAAAAAGGAAAUUAAAGCCGCAAACGACUACCCUCCCCCGCCCACUUUGACCCGCCCGGUGCCGCUAUGCCUUUCACUCUCCCCUCCUCCCCCCUGGUCAAAGGUGCAUGAUAUAAAUUCCCGAUAAAUUGAAAAUGGCGGCUUUUCUGUUUGUUUUAUCUCUAUAGCAACCAUUUUAUUUUGUGGUCGCCCAAUAGUGACGAACAGGUCUGUGUCAUUUUUAGAAGAAUCGGCAAAUGUACAUUUUUAGAUUUCCUUAGCAACCAAGUUUUUGAUAACCACGCCUACACUCCUAAUAAAGUCAUAUCAUGUAUAAUAUCA